AUGGAGAGAACGUACGGCUUUGAGUGGAGACACCGGGGAAAGGUUUUCAGUACUAUUUGUGGUGUGGCGUUCGUGUGGUACAGCACCCUGUGCCUGGCAAAGAUCUACUCCACGCCGCAACACCACUACCUCACCGGAGGUAAAUUCACUGCCGCCACCGCCGCCAUGGUCAUUGCUUUCUGCGCCACCCAGGUCGUAGCCACUCCCACUCCCUCCAUGCGAUUCCGCCCCGAUGUGAUGCGCAAGGCCACUGGUGAGGAGAAGCACCCUUACAUCAUCCCCCAGGCCGUCCUUGCCAACAUGGACCUCAAGCGCUGCUUGGCCGAGUGGGACGCCCCCAACAACAAGAACAACACCAAGCCUGACCAGAACGCCGAUAAGGUCAUGCAGCAGCUCCAGAAGGCCUUCAAGGACGCCAAGUACACCCACAUCCACAUCAAGGCCGAGCCCAAGCGAAACAACAAGGCCUUCGUCCGCAAGAUCGAGAAGUACAUCGAGACCCUCAAGAAGGUUGUCGAGAACGCCAAGAAGAACAACAAAAACAAGAGAGAUCUCGACGCCCCUGCUGACGAGUCUGUCGAUGCUCCCGCCGAUGAGUACGCCGGAGAGGCUCCUGCUGAUGAGUUUGUUGGAGAGGCUCCUGCCGAUGAGUUUGUUGGAGAGGCUCCUGCCGAUGAGUUUGUUGGAGAGGCUCCUGCCGAUGAGUCUGCUGGCGAGGCCCCCGCCGAUGAGUAUGCCGGAGAGGCACCUGCCGAUGAGUUUGUAGGAGAGGCCCCAGCAGAUGAGUCUGCGGGCGAGGCACCAGCCGAUGAGUUCGUCGGAGAAGCCCCAGCUGAUGAGUCCGCUGGCGAAGCCCCAGCUGAUGAGUUCGUCGGAGAGGCCCCAGCAGAUGAGUCUGCGGGCGAGGCACCUGCCGAUGAGUUUGUAGGAGAGGCCCCAGCUGAUGAGUAUGCCGGAGAGGCACCUGCCGAUGAGUUUGUCGGAGAAGCACCAGCCGAUGAGUCCGCCGGAGAGGCUCCAGCUGAUGAGUUUGUUGGCGAGGCCCCAGCUGAUGAGUCCGCUGGCGAGGCCCCCGCAGAUGAGUUCGUCGGAGAGGCUCCAGCUGAUGAGUCUGCCGGCGAGGCUCCCGCCGAUGAGUAUGCCGGAGAAGCACCAGCUGAUGAGUACGCCGGAGAGGCCCCCGCCGAUGAGUCUGUCGACGCCCCAGCCGAUGAGUCUGUCGAUGCCCCAGCCGACGAGUCAACCGAUGCUCCUGCCGAUGAGGAGGCCCCCGCUGACGAGAUGGCACCAAUCUACAAGCGCGAUGUCAAGAUCCAGGGUGGCUGCAAGAGGCCCGAGGAUGUCCUUGUUGCCCUCCUCCAGGUCGAGCUCAAGCAGGGACCUGGCCGCUUCGGUGGCCCCAUGGGCCCCCGCCGCAAGGCUCCCCGAUACCGUGCUCCUCGCUUCCCUACUUGGUGGUAA